AUUCCACCAGCAUAUACUCUUCGCCCACCUUCAUUCCAUGGCUAUCCCUCAACCAAGAAAGCAAAGUCUUCCAUCGGUUGUGAUCGGCCAUGAUGGUGGUGUACUAUAACGGCGUCGAGUGAUAAGCGUGGUUCCGACGGAAAAGAGAUUGGGCAUAUUCCGUUGAUCCAAUAAAAAUUCACUUCGUCCUCUCAGCUUCGGGUUCUGGUCGGUGCUCGUGGAUGCACACGAUUGCGAAAUGGGAACUGAUCAGAUAGUGUUCUUAAACAGUGGCUUCACGACUUUUGAGCAGUCUUCACUUCCCCGCACGGACUGUGCCCAUAUUCAGAGCAUAUCCAACAAUCCACCGCAAGAUGUCCAUAUUCAAUGCUUCCCGCUUGCAGGGCAAGACCGUGCUCAUUACAGGAGCGAGUGUUGGAAUUGGCGCGGCUACUGCCAGGCUGUUUGCAAAGGCUGGGUCUAACGUCAUUUUGACGGCUCGUCGGGUAGAAGCAUUGAACGAGGUGGCCGAGGCAUGCAAGGUAGCUCACAAGGAGUCAGGUCUCCAGCAAGGAGGGAAAUUUGCUGUAGUGCAGCUCGAUGUGGCAGACCGAAAGCAAGUCUCCUCGCUUCUGGAAAAGAUUCCGGAUGAGCUGCGCAAGGUUGACGUCUUAGUCAAUAACGCUGGCUUCGUCCUCGGUACUGAGAAGAUUGGCGAUAUUUCAGAGGAUGACAUGGAGAACAUGUUCAGGGUGAAUGUCUUCGGCCUGAUUUCCGUCACCCAACUCUUCAUCAAAGACUUCAGGCAGCGAAACACCGGUCACAUCAUCAACAUCGGCUCUGUCGCGGGACGUGAGCCCUAUGCAGGCGGCGGUAUCUAUUGCGCGACCAAGCAUGCUGUCAACUCAUUCUCAGGCUCGCUCUUGCGGGAAGUGGUAGACACAAACAUCCGAGUCACAGAGAUCCAGCCUGGUAUGGUCGAGACUGAAUUCUCCGUUGUCCGCUUCCGCGGCGACAAAUCCAAGGCUGACAAGGUUUACGAGGGAAUUAAACCCUUGGUCGCCGAGGACAUUGCUGAGGAAAUCGUAUGGGCUGCGUCACGACCCCCACAUGUGAACCUGGCCGAGAUUUUCAUUCUUCCCGUAAACCAAGCUUCACCGACGAUUAACUACCGAGGUGGAAAGUAGUGUCAGGAAGGGAAUGACAAGAAACGAUUUGUGAUUGUACAUUACGUUGUAUAUUACCCGUCACAUACAACAACGUAGAUGGCUUACUGAGGAAUAAAUCAAAAUGUACAAG